AUGUCCCAAAGAGACCCGGAUAUGUUACCGAAUUGGGAUGAGUUCGGUGCAAACGAGGAGUUAGAUUACAAUGAUGACCCUCAAGGACAAGAAAAUGUGUCAGAUGAACCUGUCCCCGGUCCAUCAUCCCCGGAUGCAGUGGAAGAACCCUGCUCUACGUCUGCUGCUCCUUCAGGGAAUGACGGAUUACCACGUCUGAAUGAUCCCACAUUCAACAAUGGACCACCUGUUCCCAAUGUGUUCUGGAUUCCGGAUGAUACAGCUCCUGAUGAUCCUUCAUGUGACCCUGAAGAUCCUGAUAUGCCAUCACAUCAAAUAGGUCCUGUUUUACCUACUUUUUCAAAUCGUCCUCGCCCAAAUAAUCACCCCUCUUUUAAUCCUCCUGUCCCAGAUUGUAAUCACUCUGGUUCCUCCAGAAGUGAUCGAUCUGGUGGAGCACCUUCCCUGCCUGACGAUGAACUCCGAGAGAAUAGCCACUCAGUUUCUUUUUCUCUGCCGCCUCCUGAACCAACUUCAUCUAGGAAUGUACCUUCCAGUGUCGCUGAAGAUUCCUGUCCUCCCUUCUCGGGCCGUGUUAUUGGGCCCUCUAUCCCGACUUCUUCUAAUAGUUCGAGUAACAACGAGUUGAGUAUGCCUUCUGUAGGCCUUGGGCCUUCAUUGCCUGCUCAAAUAGGCCCCAGUAUACCUGAGCAAGUGAUUGGACCAGCAUUGCCCAAUAAUAUUGGUCCUGUUAUACCUGAACCAUCUAAUGGUCCUCUUUGUCCCGGACGUGAAGAUGGUCCUUCUGCGGAUGAAAAUCAAGAAGAUUCGGAACCAAAUGGAGAACUAAUCAGAGGACCCGCUCUACCUCCAUCAAGAUCUGCCACCAUUGGUCCAGCCAUGCCUCCUGUUGUGCUACCUUUGGAUGAUUCAAGAGACAAUCAAGAAGUUGAAGAUUUAUAUGGACCUGCUCCUCCACCCCCUGCUGAAGGGUCUCGUGGAAUUAGCCUUCCUCCGGAAAUGCCAAGUGUUGAUGAUGACGAUGAGAUUAUUGGUCCCACUUUGCCUACCAGUCAAGACGAUGAAAAAGCUGCCGAAGAAUAUGCUAUUCGGAGGCUUAUGUUAGAAAAACAAAAAGAGGAGAGCACAAGUAGGAGAGAAGAAUGGAUGACUCAGUUACCGAAAAAAAUGACCAAUUAUGGUCUGGGGGCCAGAACGUUCAGCAAAAGCUCAACUCAUGCUGAGAAAGAUAGUAGUUGGACUGAAACUCCAGAACAAAAACGGAGAAGAAUAGAGAGAGGAGAAGGCUCAUCUUCUGCAACCGAUUCUUCUAAUAUUCUUUUGACUGCUCAACAAAUGAGAGAUCAGGAACAGGAAAGAAUUGCCCUACAAUGCAACGCUAACAGAACCGAAGCUCUUCUGGAUUCACAUCAGAGGAAGAAGAAGAAUGAAACAGGACAGGGAACUUCUUCUGGGGAGAGGAGAGCAUUCGAUAGAGAGAAAGAUAUGGAAGUACGAGGCUUCAAAGGCUCUACUUCGGCUGAAUUGAAGGAACGGUGUGGCCAACUGAGUUCAAGAUUUGGUAGCAGUUUGAAUCAAAAGUUUCUUUGA